AUGAGUGGGCAGCUUCCGACACGCAUUAAGAAGGAAACAGAACGACUCCAAAGGGAACCUGUCGAUGGGAUCAAGAUAGCAAUCGAUGAUGCAAAUGCUCGAUAUUUCCAUGUCAUUGUCGAAGGUCCGAAGGAUUGUCCAUACGAAGAUGGUUUUUUCAAACUGCAACUGUUUCUUCCAGAGGAUUAUCCAAUGACAGCACCCAAAUGCCUCUUUAUAACGAAAAUUUACCACCCAAAUAUUGACAACCUUGGUCGAAUUUGUCUCGACAUUCUGAAAGACAAAUGGAGUCCAGCUCUUCAAAUUCGGACGGUGCUGUUGUCGAUUCGGGCCCUUCUAAGUGCUCCUAACCCCGACGACCCUCUUGCUAAUGACGUCGCCAGUCAGUGGAAAACAGACGAGGCACAAGCUAUUAAAAUCGCUCGCGAGUGGACUCGUCUGUAUGCAAGUCGGAGCAAUCUCGGUGACACUUCUAACUUCCAGUAG